AACAGAUUAGGAGGCAAUAGAUGACAGCAAACGUCGCCGGUGAGGUAAGAACGCCGGGAAGCAUUACGACGACGAGACAAGUGGUGAGUUGCGACGCAUGGGUUUCUCGGCAGCUGUCGGGCUGGCUUCACUUCCAAAUCUCGCGGAAGCUGCUUCUUCUCCUUCAAUUCCGCAGAAUUUGGGCUGCGGAGAGAGUCAACAUCUUCACCCAACCGACCUUCAUUUCCCAACUCUUGCUCUUCCUUCUUACAAGUGGCGCUUACUCAUUUCCUAUGAUGGAACCCGAUUUUCAGGUUGGCAAUAUCAACCAUCAAUACCGACAGUACAGUGCGUUUUGGAACAGGCUUUAACUAAAAUUACAAAACUAGAGCGCAAAGAUCUUAACCUAGUUGGGGCAGGGAGAACGGAUGCAGGAGUUCAUGCCUUGGGUCAGGUAGCGCACUUUAUUACGCCUUUUAACUAUGACACCCUGGAUGGCAUCCACAAGGCACUAAAUGGUCUGCUUCCUAAAGAUAUUAGAGUCAGGGAAAUUGGCCCUGCAGCCCCUGAAUUCCAUGCUCGUUUUUCUGUCGUUAGUAAGAUUUAUGAGUACAAGGUCUAUAAUGACGCCAUUAUGGACCCCUUCCAGAGGCUCCAUGCUUACCACAGUAUUUAUAAACUUAAUGCUGACGCCGUUAGAGAUGCUGCUAAGCAUUUCAUAGGAAAGCAUGACUUCUCAGCCUUUGCCAAUGCAGCACGGAAUGAACGGGUGCGAAAUCCAGUGAAGACCAUCUCCCGCUUUGAUGUGAUUGAAACAGGGCCAUUAUUGCAGCUUGAAGUUGAAGGAUCUGGUUUUCUUUAUCGACAAGUUCGAAACAUGGUGGCGUUGUUGCUUCAAGUGGGAAGGGAAGCAGUUCCACCCGAUCUCGUUCCCAAGAUUUUGGAAUCUCGGGAUAGAAAGCAACUUGCGAAGUAUACAUUGUCAGUUCCACCCCAUGGUCUCUGUCUUAAGGCUAUCAGUUAUAAGGAAGAACAUCUACACCUUCCAGUUGGUAGCCCAGUAACUAGUUUUGGCAUGCAUCAUAGCAUAAGAACAUGCAAGCUUCCAUGUUUUUGAAAUGGUGAAAUCUACAUGUUUUACAUGUGUAAGUAGAGAUGCUUAAUGUAUUGAAAAUAGAGAUUGAUCAUCACUUCAUUCUGCUGAAAUAUGUAAAUAGGUUCUGGGUAGUCCUACUUGAGAUAAACAUCAAUCACUUAAUAGUACUAUUAUUGGCCUUCUUAGUUUGAA